CGUUCGCUCGUACAAGUCAUGCCAACACAUCCACAUUCACGGCCUCAUCGCACCACGGCGACCUCGGCUGCUUCGGCACUUGAGUUUUCUCCCUAAUCCAUGGCAUCGUCCGCCUUCCUCCUCUACCCUCCACCGGGUCACCUAAACCCCGCUUCGCUUUCUCUCACUUCUCCGGCCAUCCGGAGCCUCUGCCACGGCCUAUCCAUCUCCAACGGUUGCGCCAUGAGGAGGACACAGCUACUCUCUCCGAGGGUCGUGUCCAAGACCUCUCCGUCCCCAGUUAGCGAGCGUCACCUGACCCUGUUGGAGUAUGUCGCAAAGGGAGGCGCCGACGUCGGGGAUGACCUUGCAGUCCUGUUGACUCACCUCCAGUACGCUUGCAAGAGGAUCGCCGCCUUGGUUGCGUCGCCCUUCAAUGUUGAUGAUGGCCGAAUACCGGAAGAUAGCGGCGGUGGCGAGGGUAUUGGGUCCUUGUCGUCUUCCGGAAGGGACAAGCCGAAGCCACUUGAUAUCAUUUCGUAUGAAUCUGCUAUUUCUGGAAUAGUUGGUGUGGCACGUUGUGAUGAAAACUUAGGAUUUGCAAAUACUGAAGUCGAUGUGUUGCAUAAUGACAUGAUAUUGGCCUCACUCAGAAAUUCUGGAAAAGUUGCAGUUAUGGCAUCAGAAGAAGAUGAUAUUCCAGUUUGGAUUAGUGAUCAUGGCCCAUUUGUCGUUGUUGUCGAUCCUUUAGAUGGUUCUAGAAAUAUUGAUGCCUCUAUACCAACUGGUACCAUAUUUGGAAUAUACAAUAGACUCGCCGAGUUGGACCAUCUUCCAGUGGAGGAGAAGGCACAACUCAAUUCUCUCCAAAGUGGAAACCGUCUUGUAGCUGCUGGUUAUGUUUUAUACUCAUCCGCCACCAUCCUUUGCAUAAGUGUCGGUUCAGGGACCCAUGCUUUCACUUUGGAUCAUUCAACUGGAGAGUUUGUUCUCACACAUCCAUCAAUUCAAGUUCCUCCUAGAGGACAGAUAUACUCUGUGAAUGAUGCGAGGUACUUCGACUGGCCAGAUGGACUAAGGCAAUACAUCGACACUGUCAGACAAGGCAAAGGGCAGUUCCCUAAGAAGUACUCAGCUCGAUAUAUCUGCUCACUGGUCGCUGACUUUCAUCGCACUCUUGUUUACGGAGGUGUCGUCAUGAACCCAAGGGAUCAUCUUCGACUUGUUUAUGAAGCGAACCCUCUUAGCUUCCUCAUCGAGCAUGCUGGUGGAAGAGGUUCCGAUGGGAAAACAAGGAUUCUGUCAUUUCAGCCAGUAGAACUACAUCAAAGAUUGCCACUGUUUUUGGGGAGCAUCGACGAUAUGAAUGAAUUAGAAAGCUACGACAGUAUCCAACAGAAGAUUAACCCUGGAUACGAUGUUUGACAUGGGAAACUUCUUCUAUAGUUAUAUAACAUUGUAUAAUCCCACUGGCCACAGGUCACAGCUUAUCUAUAUUGUGUACAUGGUGGCCUUACAACAUGCAAAUACAUACUUUUUGUAUUAUUUGAUUGCUGUGGAUUCACGUUUCUUCUUUUAUUUUAAACUA